AUGGAUCCACUGGCAAAGAAGAUCUUUAAAGGAGGUUUAGCAGCUGAACUUGUGGACAUUUUUGGAGCAUAUAUUUUGUUUAAAAAGAUAAACACAAGCCAAGAUUUCAGGCAAACGAUGAGGAAGAAAUUCCCCUUCAUCUUGGAAGUUUAUUACAAAUCCAUUGAACACUCUGGAAUGUAUGGAAUCAGAAAGCAAGAUCAAGAAAAGUGGCUGAACAGCAAAAAUUAG